UUGGUUUUUUCACCGCAGAGGCCCCAGCGCUGAGCCCUGGCGCUGAGGCAGGAACUGGGUUUUUUCAGAUCCCCUUUAAAUGAGACCAGAUGGAGGCAGAGGCAAAUUCAGGCUCCCCAGAGGACAGUUGGGCACGCAUCCAAAGGCCUGGUGAAGGUUGCCGAACCGUCCCCCUGGCUGGACAUGUGGGGUUUGACAGCUUGCCUGACCAGCUGGUGAAUAAGUCAGUCAGCCAGGGCUUCUGCUUCAACAUCCUGUGCGUGGGAGAGACAGGUUUGGGCAAGUCCACCCUCAUGGACACCCUGUUCAACACCAAGUUCGAGGGGGAGCCAGCCACCCACACACAGCCGGGUGUCCAGCUCCGGUCCAAUACUUACGACCUUCAAGAGAGCAACGUGGGGCUAAAGCUCACAAUCGUUAGCACAGUGGGCUUCGGGGACCAGAUCAACAAGGAGGACAGCUACAAGCCCAUUGUGGAAUUCAUCGAUGCCCAAUUCGAGGCCUACCUACAGGAGGAGCUGAAGAUCCGCAGGGUACUGCACACCUACCAUGACUCCCGCAUCCACGCCUGCUUGUACUUCAUUGCCCCCACGGGUCAUUCCUUGAAGUCUCUGGACCUAGUGACCAUGAAGAAGCUGGACAGUAAGGUGAACAUCAUCCCCAUCAUUGCCAAAUCAGAUGCCAUUUCUAAGAGUGAGCUAACGAAGUUCAAAAUCAAAAUCACUAGCGAACUGGUCAGCAACGGAGUCCAGAUCUACCAGUUUCCUACAGAUGAUGAGUCGGUGGCAGAGAUCAACGGAACCAUGAACGCCCACCUGCCGUUUGCUGUCAUUGGCAGCACAGAAGAACUGAAGAUAGGCAACAAGAUGAUGAAGGCACGGCAGUACCCCUGGGGCACGGUGCAAGUUGAAAAUGAAGCUCACUGCGACUUUGUGAAGCUGCGAGAAAUGCUGAUCCGGGUCAACAUGGAGGAUCUCCGGGAGCAGACCCACAGCCGCCACUAUGAGCUGUACCGCCGCUGUAAGCUGGAGGAGAUGGGCUUCAAGGACACCGACCCCGAUAGCAAGCCCUUCAGUUUACAGGAGACAUAUGAGGCCAAAAGGAAUGAGUUCCUAGGGGAGCUGCAGAAAAAAGAAGAAGAGAUGAGACAGAUGUUCGUCCAGAGAGUCAAAGAAAAAGAAGCUGAACUUAAAGAGGCAGAGAAAGAGCUGCAUGAGAAGUUCGACCGUCUGAAGAAACUUCACCAGGACGAGAAGAAGAAGCUGGAGGAUAAGAAGAAAUCCCUGGAUGAUGAAGUGAACGCUUUCAAACAGAGAAAGACGGCAGCUGAGCUGCUCCAGUCCCAGGGCUCCCAGGCUGGAGGCUCACAGACUCUGAAAAGAGACAAAGAGAAGAAAAACUUUUACUGUUUUACAGUUAACUCUGCUGUUUGCUGCAUGCUGCAUGAGACCCAGGGUCCUGUAAUCCAUGGCUGUGUACUGAAUAGUAUUCCCUGCUACAGCUGGACUGGACUCCAUUUAACCUUUUAAGCCAAGGUUCCCAUUGUAACUGACAGAUUUCCUUUGAGGUGCCAGGCAGCUGGGCCCCCUGCUUCUGCCAUGUACCUCCACUUCAAGCCCCACCUCUUCUUUUGAGUUCUGCCUCAGUCCCGCCGGCACCUGACCAUGACCACCUUUUUUAUUUUCAUUUUUUGGAGGGUUUUUUUUUUUUGUCACUUUCUUUCAAAACACAGUCAAGUAAGGCUAUGCUACAUUUUCAGGUCUUUUUGAAGUGUUGAGACUGGGGAGGGAGUGUUCUUUCUUCAAUAACAGAUAAGAACAGGGAUUGAAAAGUAGAAAAAAUGAAAAGCAGAGGAAUACACACACUUUCUCUUGUUGGCAAAGCAGGAGUACAGUUUGGAUACGGAUUGUUUGGUGAGUCACUGAUUGGUGGGUGGCCAGAAGCAAUAGGAAAGUGAUGCUGCCAACGCCCACGCUAGUUUCUUGAGAAAAUCCAAGUCGCACAGUGGAGUAUUUUCGGAGACCCUAUGCUUGGCGAUUUAAGAAACAAAGAAGUUUGUAUACUUAGCCGGUACCUCUGGGAGAUGCUAAGUUAGUGCUGUCAGGUCUCCUAGGGAAAGGCUUCUUAUUUACAGCUUUGAUGUUUCUGUGACCAGUUUCACAGCUGCUUCCCAAGAAUCCCAAACUUAAACAACCAACCGGUCUCCAUCCUCGGGUUAAUUAUUUGCAUUACAAAUAGGAGGCCCCUGUUAUUUGCAUUUGUUUACAGGUUUACUACUGGAGGCUUGAGGAGCUCUGAAAACUUCAAAAGGUAUUAGAGCCACCCAGCCUUUGAGAGACCUUCAGAGACUAGGCAGGAAUUUUGUAUGAAGGGAGAUAUUCUGGUCUGGAAGACAGAUAUGACCCACUUUUUUUUUUGAGAGGAAAUUGAGGGCCAGAGAAAUGAAGGACUUGCCAGAGGUCCCAGCGCUGUUUUGUGGCAGAAGCAGGCUAACUUUAGUGUCUCCUGAUUCCCAAUCCACUUCAAAAAUGGAUUCAAUCUGUUCAUGGAUGUUCCUGGAGAUGAGUCUUUAGACAUUCAGGAGAAAACGAACAGUUACUAUGAGAGGGCCUUUGAGGUUUCUUCUUCCCUAUAGAAAAAUAUCCAGGCAAAGCAGAGGACUCAAGGCCAGCUCCCGAACCGAGUUCUUCCGCUGAUGAUAGAAGUCUCGGGGCACCAUCCGUUAACUGUUCAGCUUUCCUGGAAGUCUGGAAUGGAGCCCAGGCUGUGUAUGUUUAACAGGUGCUCUAGAUGGUCCUUGUAAUCAAGGAAGUGUGGUAAACAAAACCCUAACCUGUCCGUGAACAUGAGACCUUUAGAAAGUCAACCAAAGCUAUGAAAAUAAUUUAAAUGUUUAUUUUAUUGGGCAGCUUUUCUCACUGUAGACAGAAAGGUUUUUUUCCUUCAGUGAAAAGGCUUUUUACUUAGUACAAUUGUUACCAUUUUAAAAAGUACCCUAAGUACUCUGUUUACUUCUGGUGAAACAAACCCAGUUAUUAGAAAUGGUCUGUGUCCCGCCUGCCCAGACUGGAAUGGAAUGGCCUUCCUGAAAAAUACCCCUGUGUAUAGACACACACACACACACACCCCUCAUUUCUCUUAAGCCAAGAAAUUUGCUUUUCCUAGCUGCCUUACAGGUCGCUUUUGUCUUUGUUCAUGUUUUUUGUUUUAAUCAUUUGACAUUCACAUGUGGCUGUUAAUAUGUGCUUUUUUUUUUUAAUUAAAACAAGAAGCUUUCAA